AUCGUCCAAUUCGCGAUGGCCCGGAUCUGUUGGUGGCUAGUGGCAGGAGUGAUGCUGGGCUCCAUCCCGGCUUGUUCUCUUGGCGGGGACCUGCCUUGGAUCCACAGCCUAGUAAAACGGGAAAUCUUCAGUCUUAUGGGACAGCUGAAAAGCAUCCCCCCUCACUUGUGCCUGAACGACAGAACCGACUUCCGAUUUCCUUGGGAAAGCGGGAACAUCACCCGAAUGCAGAAGACACAACGCACCUAUUUGUGUCUCCUGAUGCUCCAGCAGAUCUUCAACCUGUUCAGCACAGACAACAGCCCUGCAGCUUGGGACCACACGCUCCUCGACAAACUGCUCUCUGGCCUUCAUCACAGUGUGGAAGAGCUGGGGCAGACGAAAGAAGAAACUCUGCUUUGUCCCGACUAUUUGGGAAUUCUUGUCCGGAGGUACUUCCUCGGGAUCCUUAAGUAUCUGAAGAAAAAGAAAUACAGCUCCUGUGCUUGGGAGGUUGUCAGAAGUGAAAUUCAAGUGCGCCUUUUUCUCAUGUAA